AUGCUUCUUUAUUGUGCAGUGAAAAACUUUUACAUUGGGCAAGAAGAAGAAUUUACAGAAAAAAGGGAACUUAACGAAGAAAAAUUUGAUGAAAUUGCUGAAAAGAUUCUAAAAUUAUUAAAUCUCGAUCUCGUUAAAAAUAAAAAUAUACAAGAAGAAAUUGUUGAAUACAUUAGAAAAAUUAAUAAUUUAACCAACGAAAAUGAUAAUAAUUAUCUUGAUUUUGAAUUUAAAAAUAUACAAGAUUUAUUUCCAAAUUCACUUUAUGUAGAAAACUUUUUUCAUUGG